CUCGAGUCUCUUGACAACCGAACUCUUGUCGUAGCACCAAACUCGCCAUUUUUACCAGCAAAAUAAUAGCUCCCCAAAUCACCAUCCAAAUGUCAAAGAAGAUACUGAAAGCCGCCAGCGCCGAGAUGGAGAUGAAGAAGAUGGCCUUCGCCGCGCUCCUCGCCUUCCUCGUCGCCGCCGCCUCGGCCACCGCGGCGCUCGCCUCCGAGGCCGCGGCCGCCGGCGCUGCCGGCGCCGCCGCACCCGGCGGCGAGGGCGCCACGGGCGCCGCGGCCGCCGGCCCGGCCACCAGCGCCGCCUCCGCCCUCGCGGCCGCCCCCGUCGCGCUCCUCGCCUCCUUCCUCGCCUACUACCUCCACUGAUGCAGUGCCCGCCGAAUCGAUCCGUCCGUUCGUUCACGUUUUUAGGUGGUUGCUGCUGUGAUGGAGGAAGAAGAACAGAGGGAGGGAGGAGGAGGAGGAGAGCAGCAUCGCAUUCGCAUUAGUCGCGCGCACGGGUCUCUCUCUUCGUGCGCGUGAACAAAAUAUCGGGGUGCUUUUUGUUUUUUUAUAUUGAUUGAUUGAUUGAUUCGUGCUGUGUUGUGUUUAUUCAUUAUUAUCGAUCUAGUGUUUAUUUCUUUUCAUGAUCAUCAUCUAGUGUAUGCUUAAUCGUAUUGUAAUAUCAAUUGAAUUGUUUCCUCUA